AUGCACUGGGUCUGUGUGAGUUCUAUUGGAUGUACACCAGGUAUAGUGAAGCUAUAUGACAGUCUGUAUCAUGAUAUUAUUGAAGAAGAAGUUACUGAACAGGUGAAAAGCUUGAUGGCUGACAGUUACAUUGGUUUAGUAAAUGUGCCAGUCCAACAACAACUAAAUGGAAGUGACUGUGGGGUUUUUGCUGUUGCGUUUUCAACCAGUCUUGUUUAUGGUUUUCAUCCACAAGACUACACAUUUGACAUACCUAAUAUGCGCCCACACCUUUGUCAAUGUUUGAGAAUGGGUGAACUCACAAUGUUUCCAACAAUUUAG